ACUCACAAAAAUAAUAAUUGAGAUAUUUUAAAGAUGAGAAAUAAGGGUAACCACCAAUAUAUAUCAACCCCCUCGAAUCUCUCUGUUUAUUAUCUUCCUGCGCACUCCCAAAAGUCUUUUCCAUCACCACCUUCAUCUCUCUCUCUCUAAAACACCAAACUCUCUUCCCAAAUUCACUUUCUCUCUCUAGAUUCCGUUGUUUAACUGCACCGAUCUUCUCCGAUCAACCGUCUCCGGCGCCAUGGCUAACGCUGCAUCUGGGAUGGCUGUGCAUGAUGAAUGCAAACUUAAAUUCUUGGAACUCAAGGCAAAAAGAACCUUCCGUUAUAUAAUAUUCAAGAUCGAGGAGAAACAAAAGGAAGUCAUUGUGGAAAAAGUCGGCGACCCAACUCAAAGCCAUGCAGAUUUAGCUGCUGAUCUACCUACUGCUGAGUGCCGUUAUGCUGUCUUUGACUAUGACUUCGUCACCGAAGAGAAUUGCCAAAAAAGCAGGAUCUUUUUCAUUGCCUGGUCUCCAGAUACCGCAAGGGUGAGAAACAAAAUGAUUUACGCUAGCUCCAAGGAUCGAUUCAAGAGGGAACUUGAUGGAAUUCAGGUGGAGCUUCAAGCAACGGACCCCACCGAGAUGGAUCUUGAUGUUUUCAAAAGCCGGGCCAAUUAAUUAAAUUAAAUUAAUUCGGAAGUGCUAUUAUAUUAUCAAUCAAUUUCCUUGUUGCUCAAGAGAGAGGUUAAUCGCUUGUGGGGUAUGUGUUGUUCCUUUAAGCUUCCUAUGAUAUGUUUCUGGUUUGUCGUUGAAGUGAAACUGCUACUUUCGUUUCGUUUUCUAUCUACCUUGCAAAUUCAGUGAUCUUGAGCAAAUAUUUUGUUAUGUUAUGUGAAAAACUUAUGACAGAUCUACUGGGAUAUUCAUAAUAUCACGUUAUCGCCUUUUGGUUUGUUGUGUAA